AUGGUAAAUCCAAAGUUCAAUAAACAGCAUGGACAGCAUAUACUGAAGAACAUGGGAGUAAUCGACACAAUAAUAGAGAGGGCAAAGAUUAAGCCAACGGACACGGUGCUAGAAAUAGGGGGAGGGACGGGAAACUUGACAAUGAAGUUACUUCAGAAGGCAAAGAAGGUGAUAUGCUAUGAAAUUGACCCUAGGCUGGCAGCUGAGCUGGCAAAGAAAGUUAACGGCACUCCUGGAAUGGCUCAGAAGUUCCAGUUGUUUGUAGGGGAUGCAUUGAAGCAUGACUUCCCCCAUUUUGAUCUUUGCAUCAGUAACUUGCCAUAUCAAAUCAGCAGCCCGUUUAUGUUCAAGCUUCUAAAAUAUGACUUCAAAUGUGCAUUCAUAAUGUUCCAGAGGGAGUUUUCAGACAGGCUGGUGGCAAAGCCUGGAAGUUCAGAGUACUGUAGGCUAUCUGUUGGAGCACAGAUGCUUGCACAGGUGGAUCAUGUUCUAAAGGUGUCCAAGAACAGCUUUGUGCCUCCACCAAAGAUCGAGUCGAGUUUUGUAAGGAUAGAGCCUCGGAUUCCCAGGCCCCCAAUAGACCUCGAGGAGUUUGACAGAUUUCUGAAGAUAUGCUUUCUUAGAAAAAACAAGACUCUCAAGGCCAACUUUAGGAAUUCGUCUUUGGUCAGCAAGGUAAAAGGAAACCCUAGCUUUGAAAACACCACGCCAGAGGAAGUGUUUGAAAAGGUUUUGUCCAGGGCAGAGCUUGACGGGGCUCGGGCUGCCAAGAUGAGCAUUGACGACUUCCUUGCUCUUCUGUUGGAGUUCAGGAAGGUAGGAAUCUACUUCUAG